CUCGGUAACGGCGCCUUGGCAGCGGGUGGGGCGACGGAGGGUACAGAGCCGCCGCCGGCCAAGCGAGCGGCGAUAGCGGGAGGGGCUGCCGGCGGGGCAGUUAGGGCAGCGGCGGCGGCGGCGACGGCGGUGGCGAAUGGGUAUUCCGAUGGCGCAGGGAGCUCUGAAGCUUCGGAGGCUGCUGUUCAAGCGCUGUUCACGGACAGCGAGCCAGCAGAUGAUGAUGACGAGGAGGAGGAGGCGGAGGGCGAGAAGCGGCAUGCGGGUGGAGAUCAGGCCAGCGGCGGCAGCGGUGACAAGGAGGCUGCUCCUGCUAAGAGUAGCAAGACCGCUGCAGGGGAAGCUAAGCAGUCGAGUCCCGACGGAGGCGCAGACGCGACGGUUGCUGCGGCGGCGGCGGAGGCGGCAGCAGCAGCGGGGACUGCUUCAGCUGCUGCCGGCGGGGCUGCCGGCGGUGGGGGUGACGGUACGGCAGAGGACCCGGGUGACGCACCGUACGGCGGACUGUUUGGAUCGGAUUCGGAAUCCGAGCUGGGACAUCUUGACGUCGUGCGGGAAGGGAAAAAGGUCAAACCCGGCGCUUCAGACACCCCAUUGGCACAGCCGCCGACAGCGGCGGCGGCGGCAGGUGCAGGUGCAGCGGCGACGGCGGCGGCGGGCAGUACGGCGAAAGCCUCCGCAGACGGCUCUCCUGCUACGGCGGAGGAGGCCGGCCGUGGCAACGGUGGUGGUAGCAGUGGUACCAACGGCGAUGCGGGCAAGCAGGAGCACAGGCCAGGGGCCCGGGAGCGUCGGGAGGGGGUACGGGAACGAGGCAAGGAGGAGGCACGUCGCAGCAAGCACAGCAGCCAGCCGGGCGAGCGGGCAGGCCGGGAGGCACGUCGCGAAACACGUCCACCCGAGAAACGCAAACGAAGCCGCAGCCGGAGCCGCAGCAGACAUGCUGACAAGCCCCGGAGUCACGAGGGCAGCACCGACCAUCAUCCCCGCCCUGCAGCCCCUCCCGCCCAGCAACAGGCCGCCGCCGACGCAGGAGGCGAGUUCGCACCUCCCUCCGCCGCGCUCUCCAACCCCGCCGCCUCCUGCUCCUCUGAUCCCCGCCAGCGGUUGCGUCAGCAGGUGCUUGCCUUCAUUCACGCCACCCUGGAGCCGCUGUACCGCGCCGGGUUGCUGGGCAAGGAGCCGUACAAGAGGGUGGCGGCCAAGACCAGUGAGCGGUUGAUGGCGGCGCAUCCGGAGGAAACAAACGCGGAGUGGUUGGUUCGGGAGCAUGCGCAGGUGAGCAAGUUUAUCAUGAAGGUGGUGGAACGGGAGCAGCAGCGGGAGGUGGAGCUGCAGCAGCAGCAACAGCAGGCGGAGCAGGGCACGCAGCAGCAGCAGCAGGAGGGACAACCGAAACAGGGCUUGUAGGGUUCUGUAGGGUUCGUAGGUAGCUUUGUAAAAGGCGCGAAUGGGCGUGUAAAGCGAUAGCAGGGCAGUAGAGGCGACAGAUGCGUAGGCAGCGUUGGUGUUAUGACACACGUGAGGUGCAGCAGGAGUCAUACGCAGGCCUGGUUGGGGCUCACAGUCUAAUCCAGGUGGAGGCCCAUCAUAUAGUCAUGUUCCAGUACGGUAGUGGUGCGCAAGUUAGGGCUACAUAUUAUACAGUAGACGGAGGUGACGAGCAGGGCUCUCUUCUUGCUGCUGGAGUUGCAGAAGUGCAGGAUAGUGGCAGUAACGUUGAUCACGCUACAGAGCAUGUAGGUGAAGCAGGUAGGUGUGUGCAUGUGCUUAUAAAGGCAGCGCGGCGACGACAAGAGCAGCAAUGCUGAGGCCGCGUUAGGUAGGGUUGGG